GCACGACGGGUGCUUGUCGAAUGGGGAAACACUAUACCUGUUACGGGGCUGGCUGUGACCGGUCAGCUGCGAAUCGUUGGUUUCUACCGACACCUCGGCACCGUUUUGCAAAGUGGAACUGCCCUUCGACGAGAUUUGGCAGCUAAGUAUGGCACAGCACAUCAGACCAUGACGAAGUUCAAGUCUCAGCUGUUCUGUAAUAAGCAGAUGCCUUUGCGCGUCAAGGUGCAAUACUUCCGGUCCUUGGUGCUCAGUGCUAUCUUUUACAACUCGGCAACCUGGAUGCUG